GUCGCUCCCAAACAUGGCCUCCGUGACGGAGCGACCGCUUCAACUUUAAAAUUUAGCCCGUUUUCAGCGGAAAAAGCGUGUUUCUUCCCGUGCCGACCGCCCGGGAUGUGCGGCCGGGAGUCGGUACCGUGCCAGACGUGUGAAGCGGGUGUAGCGUCCGGGAGCAGCUCGCUGUUGGACCUCUACCCGCCGCUUUAAGUUGUCUGGAAACCUGGAAAGGAAAAGGAGAAUCGCAUCAAACCAAAUGCCAUCUGAGGCUCAGUCUCAGGAGCCCCGGGACAGAAGACCGCCGCCCCCCGUCACUCGGGCCGGACGCAGUGCUCAGCUGGCCAAAGCUGCCACCGUUAGCCCCGCCCCCGAGAGGCGGACCCGCGGAAGACCCCGAAAAGAUGGCAGCAGUGUCCGUUCUGCGCCUCCUUCACCACCUCCACCUCCACCUCCACCUCCCAGAAACAGGAAGAAGGGGAGAGGUCAGAGCCGAGCUCAGGUAGAGGAAGAGGAGGACGUGGACGCCAUGGAGGAGAGCGCCGCCCGGAGGACAGCGCUCAAGGAGGUAAAGGAGGCAGCAGGACGACGUCGGUCUACCUCCAAGAGAAAAUCCAACUCGAACCCGGUUCCAGAUCCAGAACCGGAGCCAGAGCCCCCUCCCACUGACCACGGCCCAGAGCCAUUUCCUGGUCGCAGGUCCCCCGCCCCUCAGCCUGCCUCCCCCGCUGCCUCCCCGGCCCUUCCGCCUGCCUCCCCCGCUGCCUCCCCCGCUGCCUCCCCCGCUGCCUCCCCCGCUGCCUCCCCCGCCCCUCAGCCUGUCUCCUCCGCCUCCCCGACCCCUCGGCCUCCGUCCCCCGCCCCUCAGCCUGCCUCCCCCUCUGCCUCCCCCGCCCCUCGGCCUGCCUCCCCCGCCCCUCGGCCUGCCUCCCCCGCCCCUCGGCCUGCCUCCCCCGCCCCUCGGCCUGCCUCCCCCGCCCCUCAGCCUGCCUCCCCCACCCCUCAGCCUGCCUCCCCUCCCCCACCUUCCUCAGACCUCAGCCCGGUUGAAGCGGGCUACCGGCCCAGCCCAAGCUGCAGCCCCGCCCACAUGGAGGUGGAGUUCAGUCCCAGCAGGAUUCCUGUGGAGGAGGGCGGGGCCAGUUCCUCAGCGCAGAGUUCCCCCUUUAGCCCCCCCUUCAGCCCCUUGGCGUCCCCCUGUUCGCGGCUCGAGGACGAGGACUCGCUGUCCCCCCUGUCAGAGGACUCGGGGGGCUCGCCCACUGCCAGCCUGGGGUGGACACAGGAGCGGCUGAAGAAGCAGUGUGCCUUCUGUUACCGUGGUGACGACCUCUCCCUGGGUCAGGGUCACCUGGUGGUGUUUGGUCCCACACCAGGUUACAUCCCGCUCCACGUCCUCAGCCGCCGCGCCUCGCCCGACCGGGACAACGACUGCCAUGACCACUAUUACCACGGUGACCAAGCCCCGCCCACGUGCAGCAGUCCAGAACAGUCCAACCCGUCCUCCUCAGACUUCCUCAGACAGCUUGGACCCGUCGGUCUCCCGCUGGACGUCAAUGUCCAGUCACUGUUCGACCCCACAGGUCAGUGCUGUGCUCACCUGCAGUGUGCAGCGUGGUCAGAGGGGGUGUGUCGAGGUGAGGGCCAAUCGCUGCUUUAUGUGGACAAAGCCAUCGACUCAGGAAGCACACAGGUGUGUUCGUUCUGCUGCCGGCUCGGAGCCACGCUGCGUUGCCAGGAGACAGGUUGUGGGCGGAGCUACCACUUCAUCUGCGCAGCAGCUGCUGGGGCCCAUCUGGACUGGAACCUGAGACACACACUGUGCACCAGACACACACACACAGGGUUGUCGAGGUGUGUGUCGUGUUCAGGCGGUGGCGAUGUCGGUGACCUGUUGAUGUGUUGUUGCUGUGGUUACUGUUACCAUGGCAGUUGCCUGGACCCCCCUCUUGUCCCCUCCCCCCUGUGCCGGGCCGGCUGGCAGUGUCCAAAGUGUCGAGUGUGCCAGAGCUGCAGACUGCGGACUGAUGACGACCGGCUGCUGGUGUGUGAGCGCUGUGAUAAAGUUUAUCAUUCUCACUGUCUCACCCCACCUCUGGAUCACACACCGAGCACUGGCUGGAGCUGCAAGGUCUGCAGAAUCUGCCUUCGCUGUGGUGUGAGGUCGUCAGGCCAGUGGGCCAAUCACCCGUUCCUGUGCGCGUCAUGUGACCCGGCGCUGCCCUGUCCCGUGUGCGGCGGCGUCCCGGACCCGUCCAGACCCGAAGAGUCGGAGACCUGCUCCUGCUGCUACCGGUCUGUACACACUAAGUGUCUUGUCCCGGGAGGACAGACCAGGACCGGGACCGGGUCUGAAGGUUACAUGUGCUCCACCUGCAGGCCUGCUGUACAGGCCCUGCCCCUCAGUCCCACCAAGACCACCUGUGCACUUUUACCGCAGAGACUUAGAUCAUUUCACCCUGAACCUUCAGAACCCCCACAGAGUCCGGCUCCUCUCUCAGAACCCCCACAGAGUCCGGCUCCUCUCUCAGAACCCCCACAGAGUCCGGCUCCUCUCUCAGAACCCCCACAGAGUCCGGCUCCUCUCUCAGAACCCCCACAAAGUCCAGCUCCUAUCUCAGAACCCCCACAGAGUCUGGCUCCACUCUCAGAACCCCCACAGAGUCCAGCUUUAGCCUCAGAACCUCCACAGAGUCCAGCUUGUCUCUCAAAACCCUCACAGAUUCCGGCUUCAGCCUCAGAACCUCCACAGAGUCUAGCUUGUCUCUCAGAGCCCCCACAGAGUCCAGCUCCUCCUUCAGAGCCCCCACAGAGUCCAGCUCCUCCUUCAGAGCCCCCACAGAGUCCGGCUCCUCUCUCAGAACCCCCACAGAGUCCGGCUCCUCUCUCAGAACCCCCACAGAGUCCGGCUCCUCUCUCAGAACCCCCACAGAGUCCGGCUCCUCUCUCAGAACCCCCACAGAGUCCGGCUCCUCUCUCAGAACCCCCACAGAGUCCAGUUCGUCUGUCAAAGCCCCCACAGAGUCCGGCCCGUCUCUCAGAACCCCCACAGAGUACGGCUCGUCUCUCAGAACCCCCACAGAGUCCGGCUCCUCCUUCAGAGCCCCCACAGAGUCCGGCUCCUCCUUCAGAGGCCCCACAGAGUCCGGCUCCUCCUUCAGAGGCCCCACAGAGUCCGGCUCCUCCUUCAGAGGCCCCACAGAGUCCAGCUUUUCCUUCAGAGGCCCCACAGAGUCCAGCUCCUCCUUCAGAGCCCCCACAGAGUCCGGCUUGUCUCUCAAAACCUCCACAGAGUCCAGCUCCUCUCUCAGAACCCCCACAGAGUCCGGCUCCUCUCUCAGAACUCCCGCAGAGUCCGGCUCCUCUCUCAGAACCCCCACAGAGUCCAGUUCGUCUCUCAGAACCCCCACAGAGUCCGGCUCCUCUCUCAGACCUCCAUCAUUGUGCUGAACCUGUGGAAACCCCCGACAGUCCUCCACCGCAGGUUCCUGCUCUUUUAGAGUCACAAAACCCAAGACUGACCUUAACAAAGCUCCCUCAGAGUCUGAGCCCCUCUCGCUCUGGACCCUCUGAGGUCCCUCAGAGUCUGAGCCCAUCUCGCUCUGGACCCUCUGAGGUCCCUCGGAGUCUGAGCCCGUCUCGCUCUGGACCCUCUGAGGUCCCUCAGAGUCCUGAUCCAACAGACCUUCAACAGUCAGGAUCUCCAGAAAGCUGUUCUGUUGCUCCUCUGCAGCUUUCAGAAAUUCAUACACCUUCUGAACCUUCAGAGACCCCACAGAGUCCAGCUCCUCCCUCAGAAACCCCACAGAGUUGGGCUUCUCUUUCAGAACCCCCCCAGACUCUAGAUCCUCCUUCAGAACCCCCCCAGAGUCCCCGUCCAUCCUGUUUAACCGCCUCUCGCCCAGAUGUCUCCGAGGUCCAGCAGACUCCUGCCCCUCCCCCUGUAACUGAGGAGCUCCAGAGACUGGUCCCGCAGUCAAACCCAGACCCCCCUGAGCCCGCCCCGUCUCACCUCACUUCCAGAGACCUUGAGCAAGGCUGCACGCCGACUGAUGCGGGUCACUGGGAUCUCCAACAUGUUCUUCCCACUGCCCCUGCUGGUCCUGCCGGGGCUCCUCACACCCCCUCUGGGCCCACCAGCCCCCGGGCUCUGCAGAGACCCCCCUCAGAGGACCCCACUUGGAGGAGCCGCUACGCUGCUGAGAACAUGUCUUGCCUGGACCAGGACUCGUGGACCCGGACGGCAGCCGGGACCCGCUCGGCUCCGUGUAGCCCCGUUGACCGGGGUGUCGGAGCACUCCCCCCACAGGGGAGUCGAUCAGAGCCCAGCAGCCCCCCGCAGGUCCUACAGACCCCCUCAGUCGACCCCGAGCCCAACCACCAAACACUGGAACCUCACCCGCCUCCUCCCGUGGCCCCCCCAGCACCACAAGGCCUUCUUCACAGCAGCCUAACGGUCUCACCUGGACCGCCAGCAGACCCCCAGAGUCCAGCUGGUGGACUGCCAGCAGACCCCCAGAGUCCAGCUGGUGGACCGCCAGCAGACCCCCAGAGUCCAGCGGACAGACUGUCACAUUGCACAGAAGCCCCCCCUGCCCCCCCUCUUCAGAGGGAGGGUUGCGCCCCCACACAACCGGGAUCCCCCUCAGCAGGAAGCUGCUCGGUCCAGCUCGACCUGAGACCAGGAGUGGAUCCUCCAAGAAGUCCCUCACCCACCAUCCUGUCAGCAAAGUGUCCUCAAAGUCCCGGUAACGCCAGCGCCGCAGGCCCGGCCCAGACAGUUCGCCCAGCGAGUCCAGACCGCCCAGACCACCGGGUCCUCCCAGCGAGUCCGGACCACCAAGACUACUGGGUCUGCCCAGCAAGUCCGGACCACCAGAUCCACCCAGCAAGUCCGAACCACCCAGGCCACCGGGUCCUCCCAGCGAGUCCGGACCACCCAGGCCACCGGGUCCUCCCAGCGAGUCCGGACCACCCAGGCCACCGGGUCCUCCCAGCGAGUCCGGACCACCCAGGCCACCGGGUCCUCCCAGCGAGUCCGGACCACCGGGUCCUCCCAGCGAGUCCGGACCACCCAGGCCACCGGGUCCUCCCAGCGAGUCCGGACCACCCAGGCCACCGGGUCCUCUCAGCGAGUCCGGACCACCGGGUCCUCUCAGCGAGUCCGGACCACCGGGUCCUCUCAGCGAGUCCGGACCACCGGGUCCUCUCAGCGAGUCCGGACCACCGGGUCCUCUCAGCGAGUCCGGACCACCGGGUCCUCCCAGCGAGUCCGGACCACCCAGGCCACCAGGUCCUCCAAGCAAGUCCGGAUCACCGGGUCCUCCCAGUGAGUCCGGACCACCGGGUCCUCCCAGCGAGUCCGGACCACCCAGGCCACCGGGUCCUCCCAGCGAUUCUGGACCACCCAGAACACCGGGUCCUCCCGGUCCAUCUGGGCCACUUAGCAGCUCACUCUAGUCCUCCACACUGUGCCCUGACGGAUCACAUCAGUCCACCUGCUGUCUUCUGUGGUGCUGGUCCUGGUCCUCAUGUUAGUCCACUUCUCCUUCCAGCUCACACGUGUACUGGAAGCCCACCUCGUGAUCCAUCUCCUCAUACUGGAACCAGCACCAUCAGGACCCCGAUGAAGCAUGGUGGUGAUCCCCUGGCGGCUCAGCUGGGUCCUGGUCCUCAGCCCACGGGUGUACUUAGUGAACCUGCAGACCGUGUCCCCCUGAGUAGCCCCGACUGCUCAGCCGUCAUCAGCCAGCCUGCUGCAGGUCCUCACCUGGACCCCAACUGGUCCUCAGUCCAUCACAGUCCUGCCUCUCUCAGCUCUUCGUAUCGAAGAUCACAAAGUCCUGUGGACCUGUCCUCCAUGCAGGAACACCCCAGCUCUGUCCAUUCCAGUGCCCUUCCUGGUUCUGAAAGUCCUGAACAACCCAGUUCUCCCUGUGAGUCUCCAGCUGAGCACAGCGCUGGACACACAAGACGUGCCUGUCUUCCGUCAGGUUCUGGAUCUCCAUCAGCUGCUAUUGACCUGCAUCGCCCUGUUCAGCCACAGCCUAGUCCGGGUCCUGUUCAACUGGAGCCAAGUCCCGGUUCUGUUGUCCCGGGAACCCUCGAAACGAGUCCUGGUCCUGGUAGCCCUAUACACUGUGAAGUCGUUGCUCAAGAUUGUGGUAGUCCUGCUUUUUCCAUCCUGAAGCAGGGUCAGAACAGCUCUUCUCCAGGUCCUGAGAGUCCAGGUCCUGUCUGCGAUAUCGGUUCUGAUCAGGUGGGACACGAACAGGAGACUGAAACUCCUCCUAGCUGCUGCACUCCUCUCCUCCAUGAAGAUGCCAGCUUGCAGGAGGAGCAGCAGCAGCAGGAGGAGCAGCAGCAGGUGGAGCAGCAGGAGGAGCAGCAGCAGGUGGAGCAGCAGCAGCAGGUGGAGCAGCAGCAGCAGGUGGAGCAGCAGCAGGAGGAGGAGCAGCAGCAGGAGGAGCAGCAGCAGGAGCUAGAAGACCUUCAUGUGAGACUUCAGGAGACUCCAGCAGCAGUGGAGGAGAAUGAGAGGACAGGAGUCCAGAAGGAGAAAGAGGAGGACAUGAGGAGAGCAGACCAUCCUGAAGGAGUGUCAUCGUGUCCUGCUGCCUCACCGCUACACCCGUCUGCCCUCUCGCUACACCCGUCUACCCCCUCCCUACACCUGUCUGCCCCCUCCGCCUCACCCCUACACCCGUCUGCCCCCUCCGCCUCACCGCCACAUCUGUCUACCCCCUCCGCCUCACCGCUACACCCGUCUGCCCCCUCCGCCUCACCCCUACACCCGUCUGCCCCCUCCGCCUCACCCCUACACCUGUCUGCCCCCUCCGCCUCACCCCUACACCUGUCUGCCCCCUCCGCCUCACCCCUACACCCGUCUGCCCCCUCCGCCUCACCGCUACACCUGUCUACCCCCUCUGCCUCACCCCUACACCUGUCUGCUCCCUCCGCCUCACCGCUACACCUGUCUGCCCCCUCCGCCUCACCCCUACACCUGUCUGCCCCCUCCGCCUCACCCCUACACCCGUCUGCUCCCUCCGCCUCACCCCUACACCUGUCUGCUCCCUCCGCCUCACCCCUACACCUGUCUGCUCCCUCCGCCUCACCCCUACACCCGUCUGCCCCCUCCGCCUCCCCCCUACACCUCUCUGCCCCCUCCGCCUCCCCCCUACACCUCUCUGCCCCCUCCGCCUCCCCCCUACACCCAUCUUCCCCGUUCGCCUCACCGCUACACCUGUCUGCCCCCUCCGCCUCACCCCUACACCCGUCUGCCCCCUCCGCCUCCCCCCUACACCCAUCUUCCCCGUCCGCCUCACCGCUACACCUGUCUGCCCCCUCCACCUCACCGCUAUGCCCGUCUGCCCCCUCCGCCCCCUCCACCUCCCCCCUACACCCGUCUGACCCCCCGGCUCCCGUCUCCACCUCCCCCCUCGUCCCCCACAGCGAGACGGUGAAGGAUCCUCCUUCCUGUCAUGUCACAUCAGGUGAUGACAGCCAAUCACUGCACCUGUUGGAACCUGUUGCUAUGACGACAGAACACACCAAAGAUUCGCACCAAUCACUCACCAAGCCUUCGCCAGAGGAGGGGCAACACGAAGAGGAGGAGGAAGAGGAGGAGGCGGCGCAGCAGCAGGAGGAGGAAGAGGAGGAGCAACACAAGCAGCAGGAGGAAGAGGAAGAGGAGGAGGAGGCGCAGCAGGAGGAGGAGGAGGAAGAGCCCGUGAGCCCGGUUUUGGACCUGAACUCCUCUCUGGACCUGGAAGUGAUGGAGCUGAUGGACUCCUCUCCUCCCCCCUCCCUGCUGCACCUGUCCUCCCCCAGCCCGGUGCUCCCUCGCAGGGGGAAGGGCCGGGCCCUGCGGCCUCCCCCGUUCUCCUCCUCCGGCCCUACAGACGAUCUGUCUCUCCGUCUCAGGAUGUCCCCCUUCUCCACGGAGGCCUCCCCUGAGACCUCCCCCACCAGAGCUCCCGGCUCCCCCCUCCCUCUGUCCCCACCCUCCCCGCCUCUCAGGGAGUCUCCGCCGCUGUCCAAGUUCCCGGCCCCUCCCUCCACGCUGCUCCCUCUGACUCCCAAGAUCGGAAUGGGAAAGCCGGCCAUCACCAAGAGGAAGUUCUCUCCUGGACGAGUGCGUCUCAGCAGACAGGGCUCGUGGUGGAGUAAUCAUCCUUCAUCCUCCCAGGAUUCCACGGGGGAGGGAGGGUGGGACAGCCCUAAGCCCCGCCCACCGGAGUCCCCCGUCUGGAGCAUAAGAGUGGGUCGUGGCUCAGGGUUUCCAGGCAAGAGGAGGUCCAGAGGAGGAGGUGCAGGAACAGCAAGAGGAGGGAGAGGGAGGAGCCGUCUGAAGAUUCAGGAGAGUCCCACCCUGUGUGCCGGAGGUGGAAACACGGAGCCGUUCCAGGCGAAGGAGGAGGAAGAGAACUCCAUGCACAAUACGGUGGUGAUGUUCUCCACCUCAGACCACUUCACCCUCAAACAGGACAUGUGUGUGGUGUGUGGGAGCUUUGGUCAGGGCGCUGAAGGUCGGCUGUUGGCCUGUUCUCAGUGUGGACAGUGUUACCACCCCUACUGCGUCAACGUCAAGAUCACCAGGGUCAUCCUGACCAAAGGGUGGCGCUGUCUGGAGUGCACGGUGUGCGAGGCGUGCGGCGAGGCCAGUGAUCCCGGACGCCUGUUGCUCUGUGACGACUGUGACAUCAGCUACCACACCUACUGCCUGGACCCGCCCCUCCACACCGUGCCCAAGGGCGCCUGGAAGUGCAAGUGGUGUGUGUGGUGUGUGCAGUGUGGCUCCACCUCCCCCGGCCUGCACAGUGAGUGGCAGAGUAACUACAGCCGCUGUGGGCCGUGCUGCAGCCUGAGCCGCUGCCCGCUCUGCCAGAGAGCCUACAGCCAGGACGAGCUGGUGCUGCAGUGCCAGCAGUGUGACAGGUGGGUCCAUGCCUCCUGUCAGGGUUUGUCCUCUGAGGAUGACGUUGAGUUUGCAGCUGAGGAAGGCUUCGACUGUUCGCUGUGUCGGACUCACAGCCGCAGCUCACAAGGGACGUCGGAGUCUUUGGGUCCCUUCAUGGCUCAGAUUGUCUCGAGAACCAGAGAACCUGAGACGAGGACUUACACCCAGGAUGGAGUGUGUCUCACAGAGUUGGGUCUGUCCCACCUUCAGUCUCUGGUUGAACCUCUGACAUCACCGCGCAGGGACCGCAGGUGUAAACCCAAACUGAAGCUGAGGAUCAUCAACCAGAACAGUGUGUCUGUCCUCCAGACCCCCGAGACCGAGCUGCAGGCCGAGCAGGACCCCAGAGGUGACCUGGAGUGUGAUAUGAAAUCUGACUCCAGCCCGGAGCGAGACCACGCCCACAAUGAUGAGGUCGCCAAGGAACCCGAGGUUGCCGACGGCAACAAGAAACGGAAGCGGAAACCCUACAGGCCAGGUAUUGGGGGCUUCAUGGUCCGUCAGCGGGGGGGCAAGUCUGCUCCCGGCAGGAUCAAACUGUGUGGGAGAGAGUCCAUCGAGACGCUGCCUGGUCCAGAUGAAGGCCUGCUGGACGGUGACGUUUCCAUGGAGACGGUGGCUUCUGGUGAGCAGAACAAGGAGAAGGUGAAGAAGAGGUACAGGAAGAAGAAGACCAAGCUGGAGGAGGCAUUCCCCUCAUACUUACAGGAUGCCUUCUUUGGACGGGACCUUCUGGACCUCAGUCGUCAGUUGGACGGGAGGACCCGUCCAGAGACUCCGGGUGGCCAAUCGGGACCUGACGUCCCCCCUCCCUCUGGGCCGCUGGCUGCUACCAUGGCAACCAGUGCUGACAGGAAGCCGGCGACGCUGCCCGGUCUGGACAGCAGCUCGGUGUCCUCGGAGACGCCGGAUGGAGGUGGGAGGGACCGUCCCACUCAGGACGAGCAUCUGGACGCCAUCCUGAGUCCAGAACUGGACAAGAUGGUCUCAGACGGAGACAUUCUCAGCAAGCUGCACAAGAUCCCAGAGCUGGAGGGGAAGGACGUGGAAGAAGUGUUUACAGCUGUUCUUAGUCCAAACUGCAACAUCCGAUCAGAGCAGAACCAACACACCACAGCUCUCCUGUACCACCGCCUGCCCCUGAUGAACGGCCUGGUACCUCCUGCUGCUCCUCCUGCUCCUCCCCCUCCGGCGGUGCACAGCGGGGCCCCUGGGCUCUUUAGGGCGGCUCCUGGCUCCGCCCCCGGUCCGGACUUGGCCAAUCAGGCGUCUGAGGGUUGUGGCGAGCAGGACCCGUUGUCCACGGCCCAGAGAGCCGUCUUAAAGUGGGAGAAGGAGGAGAGCCUGGGGGAGCAGGCCUCAGUGGCCCCUGUCCUCUACUGCAACACCAACUUCCCCCAGCUGAGGGAGCAGUACCCCGAUCCGUCCAUAAGAAUGAAGCAGAUUGCUAAACUCUGGAGGAAAGCCAGCUCUCAAGACAGAGCGCCGUAUGUGCAAAAAGCUCGGGACAACCGGGCGGCUCAGCGCAUCAGCAAGGUUUCCACCACCGAGCCCCUGAAACGGCCCCCCCAGACCCAACUGCAGGCCCCCCUGGUGCCGCCCCUGCAGAGCCCCCCCCAGAGCCCCCUGGUGACACCCCUGCAGACUCCGCCCACCUUUGACCCUUCCUCCAUGGACCUGGACAUGAGCUUCAAAGACCCGCUGAGGCCCAAAGAGUCUGAACAGGAGCAGGAGUGGAAGUUCAGACAGCAAAUGCGUCAGAAGAGUAAGCAGCUGGCGAAGCUGGAGGCGUGUCAGAAGUUGGAGCAGGUGAAGAACGAGCAGCUGCAGCAGAGACAGAGAGGACGUCUGUCCCCCGAGACGUCCCGUCCGGCCAGCAGCAGCUCCAGCAGAGUCUUCCUGAGGCCCCCGCCCUCCCCCCUGCGGCAGCCCCCCUUCUCCCCGCCGUCCUCUCGGCCCUCCUCGCCCUGGGACCCGUAUCGCCCCGCCUCCUCCCAGACGGGCGGAGCUCCGGGCCUCCAGCGGCAGAACCCCCCCAACCCCCCCGGCUCCUCCCCCCAGCACCACCCUGUCCUCGUCUCCCCGACUCCGUCACCAGACGCCAAGACCGCCGAAGUCUGCAGGAGCCUCAGAGCCCAGCCAGCAGGUCUACAGCAGACCAGGUCCAUGAUGAGUCCGUCUUCAGGGUUCCGGUCCGCUGAGUCCUUCCAGAGAACGAGUGUCCAAGUGGUCUCUGGGUCUGAGUCUUAUCUGGUCCAGGGGGGGGUAUUUAAAGCCCCCAUGCCCCCCCUGCUGCAGCCCCAACAGGAGGUGCUGGGCAGCCCCGGAGGAGGAAGGAGAGACCCCUGUAGACCCUCAGAUCUGGGCCAGGAGCCCGCCUUCCCCUCCAGCCCCCACCGGAGCCCCUUCGGCACCCCCAGACCGGACCCGGACCCGCCCGGACCGCCCCGCCCCCACGCCGACCCGGCUCAGAUCGCCACGCCGCCGUUCCACCAGCCGUCGGUCCCGCACCGCCCGUCCCCGUCCCACCCGGACCCCUACGCCUCGGCCCCGGGCACUCCGCGCCCCCCCGCCUGCUCCCCAGGGAACACGCCGGGACCCAGCUCCUCCCCCCUGGGCCCAGGACGGACUGCAGACCAGGAGGCCUUUUCCAGGACCCCCGCACUCCACGCCCCCGCAGGCCACGCCCCCGCAGGCCACGCCCCCGCAGGCCACGCCCCGGGUCACGAGUCCUUGGAGCUGGUUCACCCAGUGACCGGGGAGAUGUCCCCGCUGGACGGACCAAUCGGCGUCCUGCCUCAGAUCGGAGACUCCGAGGAGAAGCUCCGACAGCGGCAGCGGCUCCGGCAGCUCAUCCUGAGGCAGCAGCAGCAGAAGAACGCUCUGCGGCAGGAAGCCGGUCCCGGUCCUGGUCCUGGUCCUGGUCCUGCUGCUCCUCCCGGUCCCGGUCCCGCUGCUCCUCAUGGACCCGGUCCCGGUUCUGCCCCCCCUCUCCACAGCUGGACCCAGGAGAACUCCGGUCCUGCGGCGCACCCAGCCGGCCUGUUCGGCCGCCCUCCGCCCCCGUACCCCGGAGGGCCGGUCCUGAGCUUUCCCAGACAGAACCUGCCCCAGAACCUGAGGUUGGCUCCUCCCCCUGGACUGCAGGAGUCCUUCCUCCGUCCUCCUCAGGGAGCGGCGCCGGCUUCUGUUCCGGUCCAUAUGAGACCAGCAGAGUUCACCGGGAUCAGACCGCCCCCCACCCCCCCAACUCACCUGUUGACAGGUCUCCCCCAGCCCCUCCCUCCCCGGUCCCUCCCCCUCCAGCAGCACAGCAUCAUGGGACGGCCCUACAUCGAGCUGCGACACCGCCUCCGGCUGCCCCUCCCCCCUGUGGCUCCGCCCACAGCCACCAGAACAGGUGGCCUGGAUCAGCUGAGUCAGCCGGACCGGCAGCAGGACCGGCGAGCUCUGGGUCCCGGUCCCGGUCCUGGUCCCGGUCCGGGUCCGGACCCGCUGCUCCCGGGACCCGGAGGGAUGGAGGAGCACCUGGAGGACUCGGCCGUGAAGGACUUGGAGGACGUGGAGGUGAAGGACCUGGUGGACCUGAACCUGAACCUGGACCCUGAAGACGGUAAAGAAGACCUGGACCUGCACCUGGACGACUUCCUGCUCUCCGGGAAGUUUGACCUGAUCGCCUACGCCGACCCCGAGCUGGACCUGGAGGACAAGAAGGACAUGUUCAACGAGGAGCUGGACCUGGGGGAGCCGUCCCAGGAGAGCAGACCCCCAGGACCUCCAGGACCCCCCAGAGCAGCAGACGUCCCCUCAAAGGCCCCCCCAUCGGUCCCGGUUCAGGACCAGACCCCCCCAUCAAUCCCAGUUCUGGACCAGACCCCCCCAUCAGUCCCGGUUCAGUCCACAGUGUCCGAAGGUCCCCUGUCCAUGUUCCAGCAGAGACCCCUCGGACUGUCCCAGACUUCCUCGGCUCUCCUCACCUCCCCCCAGGAUCGGGUCGUCCUCCACUCAGGACCUUCCACCCAGUCGCCGUCCCAGAACCAGAACCAGAACAAGUCCAGGCCUCUGCUCCUGGAGGAGCAGCCUCUCCUCCUGCAGGACCUCCUGGACCAGGAGCGGCAGGAGCAGCAGCAGCAGCAGCAGAUGCAGGCCCUGAUCAGACAGGAGUCCACCCCAGACCCCCCAGGGCUGUCCAGCAUAGAUCCCAUCAUGAAAGCGAAGAUGGUUGCUCUGAAGGGGAUCAACAAGGUGAUGAGUCAGGGAACCCUCAGCCUCAACAGGUUCCAGCAUCCUGCAGCAGCUCCUGGGACCCAGGAGGGGCCGGUUCCUCUGGGACAGGUAGUCGGAGAUCUGCAGAGCCAGAGGAGACUUUCUGCCGAGCCAGACUCAGAGUUGUUCCUCCAUCAUUUGUCCUCUCAGGACGUGAAGUGUCCCGCUCAGCUGCUCCGUCCCGUCCCCCCCAGCUCCGGAGCGUGCUUCGUCAACGAGUCUCAGCGCCGGCAGUAUGAGGAGUGGCUCGGGGAGACGCAGCGCCUCCUGCAGAUGCAGCAGCGCCUCCUGGAGGAGCAGAUCACCGCCCACCGCAAAGCCAAGAAGGCCCUGUCCGCCAAACACAGGACGGCCAGGAGGGCCGGCCGGGCCGUCACCGAGGAGGACGCCGCCCAGCUGCGCUCCAUCGGCGAGCAGCAGGCGGCGGUGCAGAAGCAGCUGGAGCAGAUCAGAAAGCAGCAGAAGGAUCACGCUGAGCUGAUCGAGGACUAUCGCUCCAAACAGCAGCAGAGAGCUCUGCAGCAGCCUCUAGCCCCGCCCACUCCUCAGACCCACAUAGCCCCGCCCACUCCUCAGACCCACAUAGCCCCGCCCACUCCGCAGACCCACAUAGCCCCGCCCACUCCUCAGACCCACAUAGCCACGCCCGCUCCUCAGACCCACAUGGCCCCGCCCACUCCUCAGACCCGGAUGGCCACGCCCACUCCUCAGACCCACCUGGCCACGCCCACUCCUCAGACCCACCUGGCCACACCCACUACCCACACCCACCUCGCCCCGCCCAGUCCUCACACGCACUUGGCACCGCCCAGUCCUCAUACCCACUUGGCCCCUCCCACUCCUCAGACCCAUUUGGCCCCUCCCACUCUUCAGACCCAUCUGGCCCCUCCCAGUCCUCGUACCCAUCUGGCCCCUCCCAGUCCUCGUACCCAUCUGGCCCCUCCCAGUCCUCGUACCCAUCUGGCCCCUCCUAGUCCUCAUACCCAUGUAGCCCCGCCCACUCCUCAGACAAUUCUGGCCCCGCCCAGUCCUCAGGCCCGUCUGGCUCCGCCCAGUCCUCAGGCCCGUCUGGCUCCGCCCAGUCCUCAGGCCCGUUUGGCCCCGCCCAGUCCUCAGGCCCGUUUGGCCCCGCCCAGUCCUCAGGCCCAUCUGGCCCCGCCCAGUCCUCAGACACAACUGGCCCCGCCCAACAGGUGUCCCCACCCAGGUGGUCCUGUGCCGGUCUGGGCUCCGGGCAUGGUGGGACAGAGGACCCCUCUGACCCAGGCCACACCCCCACACACCCCGACUCAGCCCAGUGGGAGCACCGGAGAUGGAAUCACCCCCAAACCUCAGGUCAAGUUUGACGACAACAACCCGUUCAGCGAAGGCUUCCAGGAGCGGGAGAGGAGGGAGAGACUGCGGGAGCAGCAGGAGAGGCAGCGGGUGCAGCUCCUGCAGGAGGUGGAGCGUCAUCGCGCCCUGCAGCAGAGGCUGGACCUGGAGCAGCAGGGGCUCCUGGGGGCCUCCGGAGCCGUGUCAGCGUCCCGGGUCGGACAGACGCCGUUGCAUCCAGGACCGGGCGGUCCGCCGGGCUCCGUGCACGUCCCCGGGGAGGACGGUCUGACUCAGAUGCCUUUCUUCAGCUCCGACCUGCCCCAGGACUUCCUGCAGUCCCUCCCGGGCCAGGCGGGGGCGCCGUGCCCCCAGCAGUCCGGACCCCCCGCAGUCCCGGCGCUGACCCAAGAGUCGAGGCCGAGACCCCCAGGCCCGGGACCGGCUGCGGCGACCCCGUCUCAUCCUGGAGUCCAGAGACGAGGUCAGGAGUCGUCCCCGUCCCUGUCCCCGUCCCCCUCCCCCUCCUCCGGAGGCCCCGCCUCCCUUCUCCGCCUCUACUCGGACGUCAUCCCCGAAGACAAUCCCAAGAAGAAGAGGAGCCGGAGGAGGGACGGCCACGACGCCGCACCCCUCUCUGACAUCACUUCCUGCUCCACGCCCACACGGGGCAGCGUGGACCAAUCAGAGGCCUCCUUCCUCUUGGGACUGGCUCCGUCGUCUGAGCUGGAGAGGCAGCUGUCCUUCGUCCCCGACGGACAGAGGCGGCCGCUGGAGGUCAAGGAGGAGCGUGAGGAGGGCGGAGCCUGUGGGGGAGGUGUGGUGAAGAUGGAGGACGGGUUGUCAUCCUCUCCUCUCCAAGGGGGAGACGGGGGGAAGGAGCUGCUGAGACACCUUCUGAGGGACAAGAUGUCCCCGUCCACCACGCCCCCGCCCGCCGCCUGCCGCCAGCUGUCCACCGAUGGCGUGCGGUCCGAGGAGGAGGACUGGUCCGGUUCCCACGGCAACACGGGGGCGGCGGACAGUCCGGACGCCAAGGCCAAGCUACAGCGCUGCAAGAGGGCGGGCCGGCCGGACCGGGACCGAGCCCCGCCCAAACACAAGAGGAGGCGGAGGGAGGAGGAGGAGAAGAGCCUGAACUCCACCCCCUGCACCACCUCCGGCUCCGACCCGCCCAGCAGACAGCUGGCUGUUCUGCCCCUCAUGGAGCCGGUUCUCGGGGUGGAUCUGGGUCUGUUCCCUCCGUUUGGCAGCUCGUCUCUGGGAACAGACUCCAGACUGAGCGGCUCCUUCGGGAACGGAAACCUGGACGGAGUCACCGACUUCUACUCCCACCUCAUCUACAAGCAGAACAACCUCAGUAACCCGCCCACGCCGCCGGCCUCUCUGCCGCCCACGCCGCCGCCGGUCGCCCGGCAGAAGCUGCUGAACGGCUUCGCCACCACAGACGAGCUGAAGGACAUGAGCGAGCACGACGUCAAAGGAGUGUCGGCGCUGAAGCAGAAAGGGGAGGAGCUUCUGCCUCUAAGCCACGCCUCCAAGACCGUGGACGUACCUGCCUCUCUGCCCACCCCGCCCCAUAACAACCAGGAGGAGCUGCGGGUCCACAGCCUGGAAAGCUUCGUCCCGUCCUCGUCUCCGGAGAGCGUGGUGGACGCCGAGAUCAGCAGGUACCCCGACCUGUCCUCCGUCAAGCUGGAGGCGCCGUCCCCGUGUGCGUCACCCACGUUUCCCAUCACCCCCUGCGCCUGGGGCAAAGGCUCUGCAGUCAAACAGGAAGUGAAGGCGGAGCCUGUCUUUCAGGCUCCUCCCUCCUGCUCCAGCGCUGACCUGGUUACCAUAGCGAUAACCCUGAACCCUGUCGCCUCUCAGAACGUUCCAGGUGUCAUGGCCGCCGUGGCUCAGCUCCUGAGAAUAUCUGUCCCGCCAGACUACCAGCUGAGCCCGGGGGACCCACACAGCUCCAUGAUGAACCAGAGUUCCACCAGCUGCAGACUGCAAAGACCAGGAGCUGUCAGGAUGAACCUCCUCCAGCACUGCAGCUUCUGCAAGGUUCCGCUGGGGAACCGAGUCCAGGUGGUCCGGGAGCUCAAACAGGAGGCUUCGUCCAGACCCGGUCCCGGACCUGGACCCGGUCUGGUGUUCUGCAGUCCCGGCUGUUCUGAGGCUCACAGGUCUUCGGGGGACCAGCGCUCCGUCCCCGUCGUGGCCCCGGGCCCCGAGCGUCCCCCUCCCAGAGCGCAGCACCACUACGCCAACAACAUGUCGUCCAUCCCCGUCCAGUCGCUCCUCCACUCCGCGCCGCCGCCCUCCUCCUCCCCGCCUCCGUCCUUUCCGCCCGCCUCCGCCGUCACCAUGGAGACCAAGCCCCCCCUCAAGGUGAAGGUGAAGCUGAAGCCCCGCCCACGGGCCGUCCCGGGCGGAGACGACCUGCUGUCCUCACGAUACCUGAAGAGAGCCAGGAGUCCCCGGUGGAGGCGCUGGAGCGUCAGCAUCGCCCUCAGCAGGGGUCCUUGCGUCCCUAACGAGGCGGUUGCCGUGCCGACGGAGGAGGAGAUCGACGUGCUCCUGCAGAAGCUGGGGACGUGUCUCCGUCCCGACCCGCUGCCCAGAGACCAGCGCCGAUGCUGCUUCUGCCACCAGCAGGGGGACGGACGGACGGACGGACCGGCCCGGCUUCUGAACCUGGACCUGGACCUGUGGGUGCACCUGAACUGCGCGCUGUGGUCCAGCGAGGUGUACGAGACGCAGGCGGGCGCCCUGAUCAACGUGGAGCUGGCUCUGAGACGAGGACUGACGCUGCGCUGCGUCCACUGCCAGAGGACGGGCGCCACCAGCGGCUGCAACCGGCUGCGCUGCACCAACACCUACCACUUCACCUGCGCCCUGCAGGCCAGCUGCACCUUCUUCAAGGAUAAGACCAUGCUGUGUCCCCUCCAUAAGCCGCGGUCGGGGGCCCUCAGCGGCUCCUCCCCCUCCUCGGCCCCCGGGCUGACCUCUGACCCCGCGGCGGCGGCGUCCUGCGACCCGUACGACUCGGAGCUGCGCUGCUUCGCCGUGUUCCGCCGGGUGUUCGUGCAGCGGGACGAGGCGCGGCAGAUCGCCGCCGUGGUGCAGCGCGGCGAGCGGCAGCACACCUUCCGGGUGGGGGCGCUGCUGUUCCGCGCCGUGGGCCGGCUCCUCCCCCAGCAGAUGAGCCGCUUCCACAGCCGCGCCGCCAUCUUCCCCGUCGGUUACCACGCCAACCGCCUCUACUGGAGCAUGCGCCACAGCAACAGGCGCUGUAAGUACAUGUGCUACAUCGAGGAGAAGGACGGACAGCCGCUGUUCAAGGUGAAGGUGGUGGAGCGGGGACACGAAGACCUGGUCCUGACAGGGGACACACCCAAAGCGGUGUGGGACCAGGUCCUGGAGCCUCUGUCUCACAUGAGGACAAGUUCUGGGACUCUGAAGCUGUUUCCAGUUUACCUGAAGGGAGAAGAUCUGUUUGGCUUAACGACGAGCGCCGUGACCAGGAUCAUCGAGUCUCUUCCGGGUGUGGAGGCCUGUGAUCGCUACACGUUCCGUUUUGGCAGGAACCCUCUGAUGGAGUGGCCUCUGGCCUUCAACCCGUCUGGCUCGGCUCGGUCGGAACCCAAAACCUGCCAGGCCAAAAGGCCCUUCCUGCUGGGUGCCGUGGCCCCCCGCUGCCAGGGCUCGGUGGGCUCCAUCGUGGGUCUGGUCCCCGGAGUGGUGUCUCUGUCCCCCGGGGAGUCCGUGGCCGGAGCUCAUCAGGGACGUCACUCCAAGUCGUCCCAGUACCGCCGCAUGAAGGCCGAGUGGAAGACCAACGUGUACCUGGCCCGCUCCCGCAUCCAGGGUCUGGGUCUGUAUGCAGCCAGAGACAUUGAGAAAUGCACCAUGGUCAUCGAGUACAUUGGAACCAUCAUCAGGAGCGAAGUGGCCAAUCGGAAGGAGAGACUGUAUGAGUCUCAGAACCGGGGUGUGUACAUGUUUCGGAUCGACAACGACUACGUGAUCGACGCCACCAUCACAGGAGGACCUGCCAGGUACAUCAACCACUCCUGCGCUCCGAACUGCAUCACUGAAGUGGUGACUGUCGAGAAGGAGAACAAGAUCAUCAUCAGCUCCUGCCGGCGGAUCCAGAGGGGAGAGGAGUUGAGUUAUGACUACAAGUUCGAUCUGGAGGACGAUCAACACAAGAUCCCGUGUCACUGUGGAGCAGUCAACUGUCGCAAAUGGAUGAACUGAACACACACACACACACACACACACACACACACACACACACACACACACACACACACACACACACACACACACACACACACACACAGUCUCUCUCAGUGGACUGAACUUCAUGUCACAUGUGAAGCAGCCUUCAUGUAUUGGAGCUGAGUGGAUUGGCGUGGGGGCGGGGCUCUAUGUGGGGGCGGGGCUAAAGAGGCUGGUCCUCUGUGUACAUUGUGUGUAGAAACAAGCGGCGCAGGAGCUUCCUUUGAUUCGCAUUAAAGCACUGAACCACAGUCAAUUCGCUGCAGCGAGCCUCACCGGGACGGGCGGGGCCGCCGCGUCGGCUGCACCCCCCCGCCCCCCACCCCCAGCGCCCCCGUCCCCCAGCGCCGGGCCGCCCCGCUCUGCCCCGCCCCCCCGGGCUGGUUCAUCUCCUGUAAAAUAAGAGAUUUUCUUCUUUUUGUAUUUAUUACUGAAUGAAGCUAUUUUUUAUGGCUGCGGUGCGUUUGAGGUCUGGAGUGGCAGCGUGUAAAUUUGUGUACUAUAAAUGAAAAGGUGACUCCGCCCCCGCGUGCUGAUUGGCCACCGUGCUCAGGUGCGUGUGUGUGAAGUCCUGUUGACAUGUACAGACACACAUGAAGUUUUUUUUUUAUUCUGGGACAAAAUGUCGAUAAAGAUGUUUGUUUUGGGGAAUUCUGGUGAAAUUUAGAGUCAUAUGCAGAAAAUAAACUAUUUUACAUCUUCA